AUGACCCUGAGGCCAUGCGGUUGCUCGUUUGAUGAGCACUACAGUAACUGUGGUUAUAGCGUGGCUUUGGGAACCAAUGGAUUUACCUGGGAGCAGGUUAAUACCUGGGAAAAGCCAACAAUGGACCCAGCUGUUCCAACUGGCUCCUUCAUGAUGGUAAACAGCUCUGGACGGGCAUCUGGGCAGAAAGCCCACUUGCUUUUGCCUACGUUGAAGGAAAAUGACACCCAUUGCAUCGACUUCCACUAUUACUUAUCCAGCAGAGACCGUUCCAGUCCUGGCUCGCUGAAUGUCUACGUGAAGGUGAACGGUGGACCGCAGGGCAAUCCCAUAUGGAAUGUGUCAGGGAUUGUUACAGAAGGAUGGGUGAAGGCGGAACUUGCCAUCAGUACGUUCUGGCCACAUUUUUAUCAGGUGAUAUUUGAAUCCGUCUCCUUGAAAGGACAUCCAGGGUACAUCGCUGUGGAUGAAGUCAGGGUUCUUGCCCAUCCGUGCAGGAAAGCGCCUCAUUUCCUGCGGCUGCAGAACGUGGAGGUCAACGUGGGGCAGAACGCCACCUUCCAGUGCAUCGCUGGCGGCAAGUGGUCCCAGCACGACAAGCUCUGGCUCCAGCAGUGGAAUGGGAGGGACACGGCGCUGAUGGUGACGCGGGUGGUCAACCACCGGCGCUUCUCGGCGACGGUCAGCGUGGCCGACACGUCGCAGCGCAGCGUCAGCAAGUACCGCUGCGUCAUCCGCUCCGACGGCGGCUCCGGCGUUUCCAACUACGCCGAGCUGAUAGUGAAAGAACCCCCAACGCCGAUUGCCCCUCCGGAGCUGCUGGCGGUCGGAGCUACCUACCUGUGGAUCAAGCCCAAUGCCAACUCCAUCAUCGGAGACGGGCCCAUCAUCCUGAAGGAGGUGGAGUAUCGGACAACCACUGGGAACUGGGCGGAAACGCACAUCGUGGACUCCCCUAACUACAAACUGUGGCACUUGGAUCCCGAUGUGGAGUACGAGAUCCGAGUGCUGCUCACGCGCCCCGGUGAAGGAGGCACAGGGCCCCCGGGACCACCGCUCACAACGAGAACCAAAUGUGCAGAUCCAGUGCACGGACCGCAGAACGUGGAAGUGGUCGACAUCCGUUCGCGGCAGCUGACCUUGCAGUGGGAGCCCUUCGGCUACGCCGUGACCCGCUGCCACAGCUACAACCUCACGGUCCAGUACCAGUACGUGUUCAACCAGCAGAAGUUUGAAGCCGAGGAGCUCAUCCAGACCUCGUCCCACUACACCUUGCGAGGCCUGCGGCCCUUCAUGACCAUCAGGUUGAGGUUAGCCCUCUCCAACCCCGAGGGCAAAAUGGAGAGCGAGGAGCUGGUUGUGCAGACCGAGGAGGAUGUUCCUGGACCAGUUCCCUUGGAAUCCAUCCAGGGAGGACCUUUCGAAGAGAAGAUCUAUGUUCAGUGGAAGCCUCCAAAUGAGACAAACGGCAUCAUUACGCUCUAUGAGAUUACAUACAAGGCCGUUGGGUCUCUGGAUCCCAGUGCUGACCUGUCCAGCCAAAGAGGGAAAGUCUUCAAGCUAAGGAAUGAAACACAUCACCUCUUUGUAGGAUUAUAUCCAGGGACUACGUAUUCAUUCACCAUCAAAGCGAGCACAGUCAAGGGCUUUGGGCCACCCAUCACAACACGGAUUGCAACUAAGAUUUCAGCACCGUCCAUGCCCGAGUAUGACACAGACUCCCCGCUCAAUGARACGGACACAACCAUCACGGUCCUGCUGAAGCCUGCUCAGUCCCGGGGAGCUCCYGUCAGUGUCUAUCAACUCGUGGUCAAGGAAGAGAAGCCACAGAAAGCCCGGAGAGCUGCGGACAUCGUUGAGUGCUUCUCCGUGCCCGUGAGCUACAAGAACGCCUCCAGUCUGGACUCCCCCCACUACUUUGCAGCCGAACUGAAGCCCAUCAACCUGCCCGUCACGCAGCCCUUCACGGUGGGCGACAACAAAACCUAUAACGGCUACUGGAACGCUCCCCUCUCGCCCCUGAAGAGCUACAGCAUAUACUUCCAAGCUCUUAGCAAAGCCAAUGGAGAAACAAAAAUCAACUGUGUCCGGCUGGCGACCAAAGGAGCUUCCACCCAGAAUUCCAAUGCAGUGGAGCCAGAAAAGCAAGUUGACAGCACAGUGAAAAUGGCUGGAGUUAUAGCUGGUCUUCUGAUGUUUGUUAUUAUCCUCCUAGGAGCAAUGCUCACCAUCAAGAGAAGGAUAUUUUCUUCAUCUGACUGGCUGCCAACAUUUAGAAGAAAUGCAUAUUCCUACUCCUAUUACUUGCAUUCAAGCCAGUGUUUUAGGGGCCUCUCUGUCUUCUACAGGACCAGGAAGCUAGCCAAGAAGCAGAAGGAGACUCAGACCAGCACGCAGAGGGAGAUGGGCCCCGUGGCUACGUCAGACAAGACUUCUACCAAACUCAGUGCUGUUCACAAUGAAGAAGCUUUUUCUUCCAGCUGCCAAGAUGUUAAUGGAUUCACAUCACCCUCUCCUUGUUCAUUUUCUGUCCAAAGCAAAGCCCUUCAGAGCAAAUCUUUGUUGAAUUCCUCCUAUUCAGUCUCAUCAGACACUGUUCCAUCGACCACGCUGCUAGACGGUAGCCACGGCGAGAUGACCCAGCCAACUCUGACCAUCCAGACGCACCCGUACCGGAGCUGCGAGCCCGUGGAAAUGUCCUACCCACGGGGACAGUUCCAGCCAGCCAUCCGCGUGGCCGACCUGCUGCAGCACAUCACCCAGAUGAAGCGAGGCCAGGGCUACGGCUUCAAAGAGGAGUAUGAGGCACUACCGGAGGGGCAGACGGCAUCCUGGGAUACAGCCAAGGAAGACGAAAACCGCAAUAAGAAUCGAUAUGGAAACAUAAUCUCCUAUGAUCACUCAAGGGUGCGAUUGCAGCUGCUGGACGGGGACCCUCAUUCUGACUACAUAAACGCCAACUACAUAGACGGAUACCACCGGCCUCGUCACUACAUUGCAACUCAAGGGCCGAUGCAGGAGACGGUGAAGGAUUUCUGGAGAAUGAUUUGGCAAGAGAACUCGGCRAGCGUUGUCAUGGUCACCAACCUAGUGGAAGUGGGCAGGGUAAAAUGUGUUCGGUACUGGCCGGAUGACACAGAAGUGUAUGGAGAUAUUAAAGUCACAUUAAUUGAGACAGAACCACUGGCAGAGUAUGUCAUACGCACAUUUACUGUACAAAAGAAAGGCUACCACGAGAUCCGAGAGAUCCGGCAGUUCCACUUCACCAGCUGGCCGGACCACGGCGUUCCCUGCUACGCYACGGGCCUCCUGGGCUUCGUUCGGCAGGUGAAGUUCCUCAACCCUCCAGAAGCAGGGCCCAUCGUUGUGCACUGCAGUGCCGGGGCUGGGAGAACAGGGUGUUUUAUUGCCAUCGACAUCAUGCUUGACAUGGCGGAGAACGAAGGGGUGGUCGAUAUAUUUAACUGCGUGCGAGAGCUGCGCUCCCAAAGGGUCAAUUUGGUGCAGACAGAGGAGCAGUACGUGUUUGUCCACGAUGCCAUUUUGGAGGCAUGUCUCUGUGGCAACACAGCCAUUCCAGUCUGCGAGUUCAGAUCCAUAUAUUACAACAUCAGCAGGCUAGAUCCGCAGACCAAUUCCAGCCAGAUAAAAGAUGAAUUUCAGACUCUCAAUAUCGUGACGCCGCGUGUUCGCCCAGAAGACUGCAGCAUCGGGCUUUUGCCCAGGAACCACGACAAGAACCGCUGCAUGGACGUGCUGCCCUUGGACCGGUGCCUGCCUUUCCUCAUCUCUGUGGACGGCGAAUCGAGUAACUACAUCAAUGCUGCGCUCAUGGAUAGCCACAAGCAACCUGCUGCCUUUAUUGUAACCCAGCACCCUCUGCCCAACACCAUAGCAGACUUCUGGAGGCUGGUCUUUGAUUAUAACUGCUCCUCCGUCGUGAUGCUGAAUGAGAUGGAUGCAGCACAGCUUUGCAUGCAGUACUGGCCAGAGAAGACAUCCUGCUGUUAUGGCCCCAUCCAAGUAGAGUUUGUUUCAGCAGACAUUGAUGAAGAUAUCAUCAACCGGAUAUUCCGGAUCUGCAACAUGGCCAGGCCCCAGGAUGGAUACCGCAUCGUUCAGCACCUGCAGUACAUUGGCUGGCCAGCAUACAGGGACACCCCUCCUUCCAAACGCUCCCUCCUGAAGGUGGUCAGAAGGUUGGAGAAGUGGCAGGAGCAGUAUGAUGGCAGGGAUGGACGCACUGUUGUCCACUGCCUGAAUGGUGGGGGACGCAGCGGCACCUUCUGUGCCAUCUGCAGCGUGUGUGAGAUGAUCCAACAGCAAAAUAUCAUCGAUGUGUUCCACAUAGUGAAAACGUUGCGGAAUAACAAAUCCAACAUGGUGGAGUCRCUGGAACAGUAUAGAUUCGUAUACGAAGUUGCACUGGAAUACUUGAGCUCCUUUUAAGCCGAGCGGAGGGCGAGGAGCCUCCGAAAGGCCCGAGCCCGUCUCAGACAGACGCUCUCUCCCCUCUGCCGUGCUUGAGGGCAGUGACACCGUGCGGGAAGGAGGAACUCUCCCGCGGGAGCCGGAGGCCGGCGCUGCGCAGGGCUCGGUGCCGCCGCGGGAUGGGACGAUGCCGUGUUGGCUGCCGCCUGCUUUCAGCCGGAGCCUCUGCCGCUUCCCCGACUGCACGAACCAGCCCGGGGAGGCGGGCUGGGGGACGGGACUUUCUAACCCCCGCUGACUUCUCUCCUCUUUCGGAUUGUAUCUUUGCUCUCCUCGCUACCGAGUGGAGAUGGGAUGGYGCCGCGAGGGAAUUCUGUCUUUUAAAUGUCUCCUUUUUAAUGUAUGGUUUUGCUCUCAAAUCCCGGGCUUUAAAUUUUGAAUUUCAUGCAGCAGUCAUUUGGGGGAAAAAAAAAAGAGAUAUAGCCAUAGGGGAUAUAUGAAACUUUUCAUUACAAUUUGACUGCCUUCCCUGUUGGGGCAAAUGGGGGAGAUUCUCUUUUUUGCUUUGUUUYCUUUUUCCAAAUUUAAAGGCCAACACACACACACAAAGCUGGAAUUCUCUUCCUAUAUCCGAUUCCUUUUAGCAUGAAAAUAGACAGCGGAAAUGAGAAGCUGUUCAUGUAUUUGCUGCCUCGGCUUCUGCACAAAUGUUUCCUCCCAGUUUCUGCUAGACUCCCAAGGCUGUGCGCAGGCUGGUUACAUCUCUUGUUCCAUAUUCUUUCCAGUGCUCACAAAGCAUUGUCAUUAAAAGACUUUCACAGCCAUUUAACCUCUUAAAAGUAAACAUUUGCAUCAAACCAAUUUCAUUUGGCUUGCAACUUCGGGUAACUUUGUUACCGUAUUUUUGAAGAAUUUGCUGGGGUGCAGUGUGUCUUUAAAAAAGACAGGGUAUAAAGUUAGUAUUUAUUGGUUGUAUAUUACAUACAGUUAUUUUUUAUUUAUUCUUUGUAUUGCUGUAGAACUUAGGAGGCCUAGUCACUACAGAAGCCAAUUGAACUAGGGCAUUGUGCAAAGAACAAAAGAAGUUUGUGGUCACAGAGCUUAAAAUCUGAGGGUAAUCUUAGAAUUGUGUUUCAUCAUGGWUUCUUCACUCUUUCCAAACUGUUGUACUGGCAGAUAUAACUGAGCAAUUUAUCCAGAUUUCCAAGCCCUGCAAACUUAAAAGCAGUAACCCAUCCAAGCUGUAGGAAAGGCRAUGUACGUACACAGAAAUCUAUAGUGACAUGCGUUAAGAAAUGCAUUAGACCAGCA